GGUGAAGUUCGUCCGGGCUCCCUAUUUUGGCGCCCACUUCUUCCGACAGACGACGGAUUUGGAAAAAGCUCUUCCUUUCCUUCUUCCCCAACCAACCUCCACCAGCAGACACGCUGCAAAACGCUGGGGAUGACAUGCCAGGAACUCACCCAAACCCUGGUCGAGUCGUUCAACGCUCUCGCCGAUGAGGUCCAGAACCUGAUCGACAGGAAGACAAUCCUGGAGCACAAGUUGCGCUACGCCCAUGAGCAGUACCAGUACCUAGCAGACAAAUAUGCGCCAGCCGUCCCCGCUGUGUCGGAGACGCUGGCCAAGCUGCAACUCCCGCCAGAAGUCAGCCAUCCAGCUUUGUUGAACAGCCAUUUGGUACCGCUGCCGAAACGCGGCUCCAGCUCCGAUAACGCCCAGAUUGCGCUUUUCAUCCGUGAAGGAAGAAAGGUUGCGAGCAGGCUCUCUAGUCUGACGGAUCAGAGCAAGACCAGUACCGAGAGCAGCAAGGGCCUCCUAUCCACCACGGACAUGACCACUCUGUCCGCCACUGUCUUGGAGCAAGACUUUACGGUCCAGGGGAGGAAGGGUCAGCUGAAAUGCCCGUUCUCGGCCCCGGCUACUGCUGCCGGUUGGGAUAAGGACAAGGAACCACCCGGCGACGGUAACCCGAAUGCUGGUGCCCCGGGCGCACCGGUGCAGAGCCAGGAUGCGACGCCGCAUCACGGAGAUGACCCGAUAUGCGCCGCCAUGGUGGACGAGGCGGCGUCUCAGGGCGCAGCUAGCGGGGCAGCUGCCGCCAAAUGCCCCAUUCGGUUUCUAGAUCAGCACUCGCCCGAGGAGAUUGCGCACUACGUGUCAACGCACAAGCACGAAAUCCCUCGCAGCCACGAGGUCUGCAUCGAGCGAUAUCAACGCAACGAAGAUCAGAUACGGAAGCUCGACGCCAAGUACGGCAGCCUAGUCGGCAUGAUUGCCGAUCUGAGCCAGCUGCACAAGCCCAUGCUGCCACGCCCGGAGAACGCGGAUGACGUCGAUGGGGCUUCGAAUCGGCGCGUCGAGGAUUGGGCGCAUGAAGUCAGCGCCAACAAGCCAGACGACCCGCCCGAACAGGGAGUCACAUCGGUGCCGCCGCCACCUCGUGCUAUGAAUGCAGACAGCGGCCACGGCGAUGAUGAUGACGAACGCGAAAGCCACUUUGACCGGGCCCUCAAGGAGGUCCGCGUUGGCGAGUCUCCGAGCCGCCCGUGGGGUAUCUCUGUGCCCAUCUACGGCAGCGCAACGCUACAUAGCGGGAAUGACGAGCGCCCAAUUUCUCCACCGCCCGCUCCCGUACACAUGCCUCCUCGGGUGGCGGAACCCAAAACUCCGCGCUCUGGCGUAGCUGGAAAAGCCGGCCCGUCUAAAUGUCCUUUUGAUCACACGAAGCUCCAGGGCAUGAUGUCGUCGCCCUUCAACAAAACCGAAGGAGAGGACCGAGACAGCCGCCGGCCAUCUGUGGGUGGCGUCAGCGCCGUGGGCUUUACGCCUCAUCGCGCAAUGCCUCGGGCGCCAUCGUCUGUCGUGCUCCCCAAGCAAGCGCCCCCAGAGUCUAGUGUUCCGGGGUACAGCAGCGCUCCCCGACCUGCCUUUAUAAACCCCCCGAGCGUCUCCAAGCCUGGGCAACCAUCCACCGCCCCCCAAAUGCUAUUCACGGGCCCAGUAUUCAUUGGAUAUCCUAUCGAGCAGGCCAUCCAAUUCAUGCAGCAUUUUCAGAACAACCAGUGACGCCAGUUCCUCCCUGUUCUUAUAAGUCUAGUCGUGGCCUCUUUAGACCUCGUGUGUUUUUGCUCUUUUGGUUUUCUUCGUAGAGCGUUGCUUUCUUCAUGAAUCGGUUUGCGAUGGCGUUUGGGUGGGUUUUUUUUCUUGUCUUUUUUUCUCCCUCUGCACUCCUGUCUCCUUUGGUUGACAGCGAUUGGAUGGGGACAUGGCUAAUGACAAACUGGGCGCGCGGUUAAUGUAUUCAGGCUCCCGGGAGACAACUUUGCGGGACUCCAGAACCUAGAUUGGGUAUGUUUUGAUCAGAUAGAGCUAGCUUGGUACGCGCCUUUCGUGUGCAUGUGGAACUUGAUACCAAGAUUUGCCUCGAUAUAUCGUAUUUGACGUGAUCUGCACCUACUCCCUCCUCAUCUCCUUCG